AUAAAGACCGUUAACUAUCAGAGUCAUAAUCUCCUACACGCAACUCCACGUAGUACCUAACAAACCAUUUUACACUUACCACCCAAGUUCACUUCGUCUCACCCACACCACUCCAAGCCAUGGCGUCAGUGGCCACCGUCCUCCGCCGGAAGCUCUCCGGCAAGCCAUUCCAUUUCCGAUUACUACCAGUCCGAUCAUCCUCCGACUCGCCGCAGAGAAUCGAGAAGAUUCUGAUAGCCAACCGGGGCGAAAUUGCGUGCAGGAUCAUGAGGACCGCAAAGAGACUCGGAAUUCAAACCGUCGCCGUUUUCAGCGACCCCGAUAGGCACUCGCUUCACGUCAAAUCCGCCGACGAGGCCGUUCGUAUCGGUCCGGCUCCGGCUCGGCUCAGCUACCUCGACGCCUCGUCGAUUCUUGACGCCGCCGUUCGUACUGGUGCGCAGGCUAUCCAUCCUGGCUAUGGUUUUCUGUCAGAGAGUUCUGACUUUGCUCAACUUUGUGAGGAUAAGGGUCUUACCUUUAUUGGGCCUCCAGCAUCUGCCAUCAGGGACAUGGGUGACAAAAGUGCGUCAAAGAGGAUAAUGGGUGCAGCAGGGGUACCUCUUGUGCCUGGAUAUCAUGGGAAAGACCAAGAUAUUGAUCUAAUGAAGAUAGAAGCCGACAAGAUUGGAUAUCCAAUCUUAAUAAAGCCAACUCAUGGAGGUGGGGGAAAGGGUAUGAGGAUUGUGCAAAGUCCGGAUGAGUUUGUUGAAGCCUUCCUUGGAGCACAACGUGAGGCUGCUGCUUCUUUUGGCGUAAACACAAUUUUGCUGGAGAAAUAUAUUACACAGCCAAGACACAUAGAAGUCCAGAUAUUUGGGGAUAAACACGGGAAUGUUCUACAUUUAUAUGAGAGAGAUUGCAGCGUACAAAGAAGGCACCAGAAAAUAAUCGAAGAAGCCCCAGCUCCAAAUGUUUCUGAUGACUUCCGGUCUCACUUGGGUCAAGCGGCUGUAUCUGCUGCCAAGGCAGUUAGCUAUCACAGUGCCGGCACAGUGGAGUUUAUAGUCGAUACAGUCUCAGGCCAAUUUUAUUUCAUGGAGAUGAAUACCCGUCUUCAGGUUGAGCAUCCUGUGACUGAGAUGAUUGUUGGCCAAGAUCUUGUAGAGUGGCAAAUUCGUGUAGCAAAUGGAGAACACCUUCCCAUUAGUCAGUCACAGGUCCCUUUGUCAGGUCAUGCUUUUGAAGCCCGUAUAUAUGCUGAAAAUGUACCAAAAGGGUUCCUUCCUGCAACUGGAGUUCUUCAUCACUAUCAGCAUGCUCCAGUUUCACCAUCAGUUCGAGUUGAGACUGGAGUUGAACAAGGAGACAGUGUUAGCAUGCAUUAUGAUCCUAUGAUUGCCAAGCUUGUAGUAUGGGGAGAAAAUCGUGCAGUAGCACUGGUAAAACUGAAGGAUUGCUUGACAAAGUUUCAGGUUGCAGGUGUACCAACCAACAUCAGUUUUCUGUCAAAACUUGCCAACCAUCGGGAAUUUGAAAAUGGGAAUGUGGAAACUCAUUUUAUUGAACAUUUUAAAGAUGACCUGUUUGUCAACCCUAAUAAUUUGGAAGUAAUGAACACAGUGCUUGGUGCUGCUAGAUUUGGUGCCAAACUGGCGGCUGCAUGUCUCAUUGAAAAGGAAAAUUCUGUAUUCAGAGAAAAUCUUCCUGGAAGCAACAACACGAUCUCCAUAUGGUAUUCUUCUCCGCCUUUCAGAGUCAAUCAUUGUGCUAGGCAUACAAUGGAACUCGAGUGGGAGAAUGAAUAUGAUAGCAGUGGCUCAAAGUUAUUGACCUAUUCCAUCACUUACAAAUCAGAUGGGAGCUAUCUAAUUGAGACACAAGAAGACAUUUCCCCACCUUUGGAGGUUAAAGCAACUUGUGUAGGUGACCAUGAUUUCAAAGUUGAAGCUGCUGGUGUAAUCAUGGAUGUUAGCUUAGCUGUUUACUCGAAGGAUCAGAUCAAGCACAUUCAUAUGUGGCAUGGGUCACAUCAUCAUCAUUUCAGACAAAAAUUGGGUCUUGAAUUGUCCAGUGAAGAUGAAACCGAACAUAGGCCCAGUUUUGAUAGAUCAUCUCAUCCUCCGGGGACAGUUGUUGCACCCAUGGCUGGUUUGGUGGUCAAGGUUCUUAUUAAGGAUGCAACAAAAGUGGAGGAAGGACAACCUAUUUUAGUAUUAGAGGCAAUGAAGAUGGAGCAUGUUGUAAAAGCACCAUCAGCAGGCUAUGUCCACGGGCUUCAUCUAGCAGCUGGCCAGCAGGUUUCUGAUGGCAGUGUUCUCUUCAGUAUUAAGAUGGAUUCAAGCAAUGGUGGUGAGUCAGUUGGAGGCAUUGGGAUAACUGAAAAGUCAAACAUCAUUGAAAAAAAUGAUUCCUUUGGAACCCCCAACAGCACCAAAGAGAAGGCCUUGGGUUCAUGUGUGGGGAAAGAAACGUUUUUUAGGGCGGAUCAGAUUGAUUUCAAGAGCUGGGAUAUCCAGCUGGAGAAGCACUUGAGUAGGGGCUGGUCCAGGGAGAAGGAAGCGCAGACGUCAAUGGAGGAGUGGGAGAUUGAUUUGGCUAAGUUGGAUAUAAGAUAUGUGAUUGCUCAUGGAACAUAUGGAACUGUGUACAGGGGUACCUAUGAUGGUCAAGAUGUUGCAGUGAAGAUAUUGGAUUGGGGUGAGGAUAAUAUUGCCACAGCUGCUGAAACUGCUGCUCUUCGGGCGUCGUUUCAGCAAGAGGUUGCUGUCUGGCAUAAGCUUGACCAUCCAAAUAUUCCCAAGUUUGUUGGAGCUUCAAUGGGAACUUCGAAUCUUAAAAUCCCUGUCAAAGGCACAUCAAGUGAUGGUCAAAGUCAUAAUUCUCCUCCUUCCAGAGCUUGUUGUGUUGUUGUUGAGUAUGUUCCUGGUGGGACACUUAAGAACUAUUUGAUCAGGAAUAGUAGAAAGAAACUUGCCUUUAAGAUUGUGGUUCAACUUGCUUUGGAUUUGUCUAAAGGUUUAAGUUAUCUCCAUGCAAAGAAAAUUGUACACCGUGACGUCAAAACAGAAAAUGUGUUGCUAGAUAAUCAUAGAACUCUGAAAAUUGCUGAUUUUGGCGUUGCUCGAGUAGAAGCUCAGAAUCCAAGGGACAUGACCGGGGAGACUGGUACCCUUGGAUACAUGGCCCCAGAGGUCCUUGAUGGUAAGCCUUACAACAGAAAAUGUGACGUGUACAGUUUUGGUAUUUGCUUAUGGGAAAUCUAUUGUUGCGACAUGCCUUAUCCCAAUCUUAGUUUUGCUGAUGUCUCCUCUGCUGUCGUGCGACAGAAUUUAAGACCUGAAAUCCCAAGAUGUUGUCCAACUGCGCUGGCUAGCAUUAUGCGAAAAUGUUGGGAUGCAAACCCAGAUAAACGCCCCGACAUGGAAGAAGUAGUAAAGUUAUUGUAUGCAGUCGACACAAGCAAGGGAGGUGGCAUGAUCCCGGAAGACCAAGCUUCUGCCUGUUCCUGUUUCGGCACACCUCGAGGCCCUUGACCUCACUUUGUUCCACACAAUACAUACAUGCAGCGCAGAUCUAGAAUAAAACUAUAUAUAUAAACCAGUUAAAGUGCUAGACUGCAGAAGCAGUCCAUGAAUUAAUGAUUAAGUCAUCCCAUUUCUGAAUAAUGCACCAACAAAGGAGCUGCAUUAUUGAAACCCCCUAUAUAUUAUUGUUGUUUGUUGUACCCUUUUCAUUCUUACUCCACUCCAUGUAUCAAAUAGUGGACUGUUAGACAGUUAAACAGUAAUUAGUUUUUACUGUUAUUUUUGUAACCACCAAAUUAUUGGUUUCACAGUUUUAUUUUCA